ACCUCCUCAGGCUCGUCUGAUCGGCUCUUCGCUCCAAUCGCCCGCCUUCGUUCGCUCCUCUGUCUCCCGAUCUCUUCACCUCCUUUCCUCCAAGCACUCCUCUCUCCGGAUUGACUCUUGAUAUCCCUUGCUCUGCCUGAUGAUCUCGCCGCCUGUCGAUUAGAUCUGGAGGUUUUAAGAGACUCGAAACGAUGAGUUCCGGAAGGGCUCAAGGGAUCUUCGAUGGGUUGCCAAUUCCUGCCGACAAGGCCUACUUGAAGGAGGGUCUUUCCAGGAUAGAUGAAAGUUGGGCUGCAAGCCGUUUUGAUUCACUGCCUCAUGUUGUUCACAUUUUGACAUCAAAGGAUCGCGAAGGUGAAGUUCAGUUCUUGAAGGAACAAAGUGAUCUUGUCGAGGAUGUUGUGGAUGAAGUUGUUCACGUAUAUCAUCAUGGAUUUAAUAAAGCAAUUCAAAACUACUCCCAAAUUCUGCGGUUGUUUAGUGAAUCUGCUGAGAGCAUUUCCAUUCUUAAGGUUGAUAUGGCUAAUGCAAAGAAAUUUCUUGGUUCUCGCAAUAAGCAACUACAUCAAUUAUGGUAUCGCUCUCUUACUCUGCGUCAUGUACUAACUUUGCUGGAUCAAAUUGAGAGUGUUUCAAAGGUUCCUGCUCGAAUUGAGAAAUUGAUUGCAGACAAGCAGUUCUACGCUGCAGUUCAGCUACAGGUCCAGUCAAUGCUGGUGCUUGAGAGAGAAGGACUUCAAGUGGUUGGCGCACUUCAAGAUAUUCGAUCAGAACUAGCAAAGUUGCGAGGUGUUCUGUUUUACAAAGUGUUGGAGGAUCUGCAUAGCCAUCUAUAUAACAAGGGUGAAUUUAGCUCUGCUUCCUUAAGAAUAUCUGAGAUGGAGGAUCAAGUGCUAAAUGCUACUGCCAUUGACAAUUCAGUGAACAGUGCACAACCUCUGUCUAGGAGGACAAGAUUGGUAAAAAUAGAAAAUCAUUUUGGUGGAUCAUUAUCUGCUGAUGGAUCAUAUAGACCAGGUUCCAUUGAUGAUGUUUCAUCCUUUGAAGGUCAUGAUGAUGAUAGUGUGGAGAUUGCUGAAAAUGCUGUUUCAGAUGGUGCCUUUCCAUCUGCAAGAGUUCAUGCUGAUGGAAAUAUCAAAAAAGUUUCUCGUCAAAUGCCAACAUGGCUUUCAAGUGCAAUGCCUGAUGAAUUUCUUGAAUCCAUGAAAAAGAGUGAUGCCCCACUUUAUGUGAAGUAUUCACGCACACUAGUAGAAUGCCUAUGUAUGCUUGGCAAAGUUGCUGCUGCUGGUGCUGUCUUGUGCCAAAGACUGCGCCCUACUAUUCAUGAAAUUAUCAUAUCAAAGGUUAAAGUACUUGCGGUACAGAAGUCAUCAAGGUCAGGUUUAGAUCUAGUGACUAAGAAAGAUAAUUCUGAUAUCUAUGAUUCAAGCGGGAUUUUGGAUGGAUUUCAAGUUCUGAAGCCAAAAAGUAAGAACAAUUCAUCUUUUUCGGCAACACAGUUAGUUGUUAGUCCAGUUUCACCCAUCAUGACACCAAAGGGCGCAGCACAAUCUGCUGCCGGUGAAUUUCUCAACUCUAUAUUGGAUUAUAUCAUUUGUAUACUGGAGAACCACAUCAUCGUUGGAGAGCUUUUGGAAUCAAAAUUAUCUCAACAAGCUGACAAUGUUCUCACACCAAAGGCUGCUAGUAGUGAUACAGUUUGGGGUGCUGAUUCUGAAUCUUCUCAAACUGGGGGCUUUAAUGUUGGUUUUUCUCUUACAGUCAUACAGAGUGAAUGCCAGCAACUAAUUUGUGAAAUUCUAAGGGCUACUCCAGAAGCUGCAACGUCAGAUGCAGCAGUUCAAACAUCAAGAUUAGGGAAAAAGAAUCCUGCAAAAGAGAAGAGGGAUGGAUCAGAAGGACUUUCUUUUGCUUUUCGUUUUACUGAUGCUGCUGCAUCCAUGCCCAAAAGAGAAGCCAGCCAAGGAUGGCAAAGGGGUACAAGUGCACAACAAGAAGGGUAUGGAACAUCAGCUGUGCUUCCGGAUCAAGGAAUUUAUCUAGCGGCAUCAGUUUAUCGCCCAGUUGUUCAGUUUUCUGAUAAGGUUGCAUCAAUGCUGCACCAGAAGUAUUCACAACUUGUGAAUGAUGGCUUGCUAGCUUUUAUUGAGAAGUUUCUAAAAGAUCACUUCUUGCCAGCCAUGUUUGUAGAUUAUAGGAAAUCUAUCCAACAGGCCAUAUCAAGUCCAGCAGCGUUUCGACCACGUGCUAAUGGUUCAGUUUAUAAGCCUCUAGUUGAGAAUGGGCGCCCAGUGCUGCAAGGGCUCUUAGCUUCCAAUAUGUUAGCUAAAGAAGUGCUUGGCUGGGCGCAUCUAAUGCCAAAAUAUGCAAAUGAACUUGUUGAGUUUGUGCAAACUUUCCUGGAACGUACAUAUGAAAGAUGCAGAACAUCCUACACAGAGGCUGUUCUAGAAAAACAAAGCUACAUGCUCAUAGGAAGAAGUGAUGUUGAAGGCUUGAUGCGAGUUCACCCUUCCAAUGCUUACCUACGGAAAUCCCAUGAUCAAUCUCCAAAUAGCUUUCCAGAUGCUGAAACUGUUGAAGUAGAGUUAGAGAUAAGUGAGCUGCUACUGGGCUUGCGUCCAAUUAAGCAGGAGCACUUAAUUCGUGAUGAUCAUAAACUUAUUUUGUUGGCAUCACUUAGUGAUUCAUUGGAGUAUUUGGCAGAUUCUGUUGAAAGUGUGGGAGAUAUCUUUGGAACAUCAUUCUCUAAGAUUGCGGAUAAAAAUUUGAACAAUCAAGCACAUCGCCACACACGGAGUACAAGUGCAGUUCCCCCAAGUUUUACUUCUCUUGCAGAAGAAUAUAGGAGAUUAGCAAUUGACUGCCUCAAGGUUCUACGAUUGGAAAUGCAGUUGGAAACCAUUUUCCAUUUACAGGAAAUGACCAACAGGGAGUACUUAGAGGAUCAAGAUGCUGAAGAACCAGAUGAUUUUAUUAUUUCACUUGCAACUCAGAUUAUGCGUAGGGACGAGGAAUUGGCACCUUUUGUUUCAGAGUUGAAAAGAAAUUAUAUUUUUGGUGGAAUCUCUAGUAUUGCAGCAAAUGCUUCAAUAAAGGCCUUGGCUGAGAUAAGAUCAAUUAAUCUUUUGGGUGUCCAACAGAUAUGCAGGAAUUCAAUUGCACUGGAACAGGCUCUGGCAGCUAUACCAUCAAUUAAUAGUGAGGCAGUUCAGCAGAGAUUAGAUCGUGUUCGUACAUAUUAUGAGCUCUUAAAUUUACCUUUUGAGGCCUUGCUAGCAUUCAUUCAAGAACAUGAAUACCUCUUUACUCAAAAAGAGUAUUCGAGCCUUUUGAAGGUUAACGUACCAGGUAGGGAGAUUCCGGCUGAUGCAGAUAAGCGCAUCUCUGGGAUAUCUAGUCACUAGAUCUCCUCGCAAUACUUGUGGUGGAAUUCUUUCUUAUUCGUAUUCUGGAUUAUUAGAAAUAUGAUGCUGAUUCAUGCUGUGUUCUGUUAGCAUGGCUGUGUAUGGCUAUGGUGAGGCCGUGCACAUUGUUCGGUAAAAUGAUCAAAUUGCUUUACCUCAUAGCUACUAGCUAUGCCAUGGCUAUUCUUUGUAUUUCUUGAAAUUUUUCUGUAUGAAUUCCUUGUAAAUGGCUGUGAUAAUACCUCCAUCUUUUGCCAUCAGUUCCUUUCAGCAGGUCCCUCGCUCCUCGAGUCAUUUGGCAUGCAUGUCAGGAUAGUUAGAGAAAUUGUUGAGUAAUGUUGGAGUUAGAUGUGCCCUGAUUCUUGAACGUUAUAGAUAUUGUUGUAAUUUUUCAAAUUAUAUUUACUCUAUUUCCAAGGAUAUGUUUCAAAUUAUAUUUAUUCCAAAAGUA